CGUGUUCUACGAGAAGCAACAGUAACGGGAAGCUAGCUGGUCGUUGUGUGGUGUCAAAUUAAUUUAUUGUGUUGUUACACGCCUUAAUAUUUCUAUACUGUCAUGCUGAAGUCAGUUGUCCGUGCGGUGGGAGCCGCUGUCCGCCUCUCAACAGCCACCACGUCCACAGCCCGAGCUCUGCCGCUCAGCUGCCCAACACUACGCUCUCCUAGUUCGGCAACAAUUCGGCCCUUCACCCGGUCUCUCUGGAUGCUGAAUAACAACGGAGCCUCGUCAGGAUACAGACCAAAACUGUUCAGUUCAAAGGUGUUGAGUCCCUCGGUGUCAUGUGGAUGCGGUGGACUGCACACAGAAGGUGACAAAGCAUUUGGUGAGUUCCUGUUUGAUGAAAUCAAAGAGGAGAAGAAGAUCCAGAAAUCCAAAACCCUUCCUAAAAUGUCUGGAGGAUGGGAACUGGAGAUGAAUGGCACCGAGGCUAAACUCACAAGGAACGUUGCUGGAGAAAAAGUCACUGUCACAUUCAAUGUCAAUAACAGCAUUCCUCCUAACUUUGAGGAAGAGGCAGAACAAGGACAGCAGAAGCCAGCAGGGGAGGAGCCAGAAAUUGUGUCAACACCCAACUUUGUUGUUGAAGUAACGAAACAGGCAGCAAAACAUUCCCUGGUGUUUGACUGCCAUUUCCCUGAAGACGAGAUAAGCCAUGGUGAAGGAGAAGAGAGCGACAUCUUUGCCAUUCGUGAAGUCAGUUUCCAGCCUGAGGGAGAUACAGAUUGGAAGGAGACCAGCUAUACACUCAACACAGACUCCCUCGACUGGGCCCUGUACGACCACCUGAUGGACUUCCUGGCUGACCGGGGGGUUGACAACACCUUUGCUGAUGAACUGAUGGAGCUGAGCACCGCUGUUGAGCAUCAAGAGUACAUCAAGUUCCUGGAAGACCUUCAGGGCUUUGUUAAAUGUAACUAAUAUAUUUAGGAGAUAAAAGUUGGAGGUAUGAUGAUCCAGUUAAGACUGAAGCAAAUGUUGCAGCACUGAAUGAAACAUUAGGCACUCUCAAGAGACUGAUGAUGACUUGCUUUAGUUUGUGACGGUGAGCUGUGCUGCCAGCAGUCGUCACAUUAAUUCUAAGCUGCGUGUGUGUUCUCUUCAAUGAAAUAUGUCUAUAUUUUUCUGUAACUUAAAAUAAUAAAUAAUGCAGGUCAUGACAGUGUGCAGAAACCAUAAGAGAUGUCUCUCAAUUUUAGAGUUCCCGUCUUUACUGCAACAGUUUAAUAUGGUCCAGUCAGUAUUUUGGAAUGUUCAACUAUCCUCAAACCAAUAAAGGGAGAGUUUAAGGUGUGAAAUCAAAUCAGAAAUUCCAAAAAUAGUAAGGUUUACAAAACCAGUUUUUACUUUAAUGUAUGACAGAUAACCCUGCUUCGAGUCUUACUUCUAGCCAGCCUGGCAAGAGAGUUCAUGUUAAUUAAUACUGAUUUGACUGUCAGACCAUAAUACAUGAAGUCUGAUGUUGAAUGGCAAACGCCAACAUAUGUUCAGAUAAAGGAAGGUCAGUGUCCAAUAAAAUUCUUUGAUAUUUA